CCACAACACAGUCAAUGCAUCUUCCAAAAUUAGCGGCGAUGGUAUCCGUGCUGUUUCAAUGGAAUAUAAUACAAAUGAAGAAUUUGCUGGAGAAGCAAAAGAAAAUAGCACAAUGAAUGAGCAAGAGGGCAGAAACACUGAGAUAGAUCUAGUGGAAGUAUAUGACGACAGAGUGAAAGAAGAAAAUUCCAGUUCAACAGACGAUUUAGGUGACGAAAUAAUCCAAGAUGAUGUCGCCUUCAAUAUUGGCUGCGAAGGUCAUGUACGAAGUUUGAUCGCUAAGUUUUCUUCUCUUAAAGCGGUAAAAUGUGACUUCGUGAUAUAA